AUGCGAGAGCUUGGAAUGUUGACACAACUGGAUAGGUUGGCCAUUCUGAAAGUUAAAAAAGAAGAUGGAAGGGAUUUGUGCUCGUCAAUCUCCAAACUAACCAGGCUUCAAUCAAUAUCCAUAGCUUCUGUUGAUGAAGAUGAGAUUAUUGAUCUGCAACACCUCUCUAGUCCACCUCCAUUCCUUGAGAGAAUGUACUUAUAUGGACGCUUGGGGGCUUUACCAAAAUGGCUACCCUCUCUCAGUAGCCUGACGAAAUUGCUCCUGAGGUGCAGUUGCCUAAAGGAUGACCCUCUCGUGUCUCUGGAAAAUCUGCCCAAUCUUGUGCAUCUUGAGUUGCGUCAGGUUUAUGAGGGAAGCUCAUUGUGCUUUAGAGCAAAAGGCUUUAAGAAGCUAAAUAUUCUACGUCUUGACCUUUUUGACAAACUUAGGUGCAUAGAAGUGGAGAAGGGAGCAAUGCCUUUUCUUCAGAAGCUUGCAAUUCGGCGUUGCAAGUUACUAGAGAAUCUUCCAUCAGGUGUUGAAAACCUGACAAAGCUGAAAGUGCUGAAGAUUUUUGAUAUGCCAGAUAAGCUCGUCAAGAAGCUUGUGCAAGGUGCACAAGAUGAUGACUAUCAUAAAGUUGCACAUAUUCCGGAAAUACGUUGUGGCUACCAGAGAGAUCAGGGUUGGGAUAUCCAGUUAAUCGAUAGAUCAGUGCAACGAGAUGGUGCGACCACCCAAGGCACAAGCAUGGGAAGCAAUGAGUUCCCACCAUGUGGAAGUGAAUACAAAAAUGGGCUUGUGGGUAUUGAAGAACCGAAGAAGCAACUGGUUUCUCGGUUAAUUGAGGGCACUUCUAGGCCGCAGGUUAUCUCAGUCGUUGGGAUGGGAGGCUUGGGCAAAACCACUCUCGUAAAUGAAGUUUAUGAACAUCCAGAGGUCAAGAAACAUUUCAUGGUUUGUGCUUGGAUCACUUUCUCUGGCUCGCCAAAUAUAGGAGAGCUCCUCCAGAACAUGCGGAGUAAGGUACUGCUUGUUCUAGAUGACACAUGGAGGAUAGACGAAUGGGAUGCUGUCAAACAUGCACUGCCUAACAACAUGUGCGGCGGCCGAAUAAUCAUCACAACCAGGAAUUAUGAUCCAGCAUGCACCUCUUGCCGAGAAUUCGAGGGGAAGGUCUAUAAGAUGGAGCCUCUGCCGGUAGAACAGUCAUGGAAGCUUUUCUGCGCAAAGACAUUUCAUGGGAGUUCAUGCCCUUCCCAUCUGGAGGAGACCUGUGAGUUUAUUUUCAGAAAGUGUGAAGGACUGCCGCUUGCUAUAGUGGCCAUCAGCGGUGUUUUGGCCACGAAAAACAAGCACAGAAUAGAUGAAUGGGAAUUGGUUCGUCGCAGUGUGGGAACAGAGAUUGACUGCAACGACAAACUCAAAAACUUGAACAGAGUUCUUUCGCCUAGCUUUAAUGAUCUACCGUACUACCUGAAAUCCUGCCUCUCGCACUUAAGUUUAUUUCCUGAGGGUUGCCCCCUUAAGCGGAAGAGACUGAUUCGAUUAUAG